AUGAAGGUUCAGAGCUUUAAAUCUGCAGACCAAUCCUCAAUAUCUGCACAAGACAAAAUGCUUUCUAGCAUCCUGACCAACUCGAGACUGGCCACAUUGGACUUGAGCGGCAACUCGAUCGGAGAAAACGGAGUUCAGGCGCUGGUUGAGGCUCUCAAGACCAACUCAACUCUGGCUACUUUGAACUUGCGCUGCACCUUGAUCAGAUUAAACGGAGUUCAGGCACUGGCUGAGGCACUCAAGGCCAACUCGAGUCUGACCACUUUGAACUUGAGCCUCAACUGGAUCAGAGACUACGCAGCUCAGGCACUGGCUGAAGCACUCAAGAUCAACUCCACUCUUACGACUUUGAACCUGGAGGACAACACGAUCGGAGAAAACGGAUCUCUGGCGCUGGUUGAGGCACUCAAGACCAACUCCACUCUGAUCGCUGUGAACUUGAGGGGGUGCUCGAUUGGAGGAAAUGGGGCUCAGGAGCUGGCUAAGACACUCAAGACAAACUCGAAUCUGACCACGUUGAACUUGGGCGGCAACAGGAUUAGAGACAACGGAACUCGGGCGCUGGCUGACGCACUCAAGACCAACUCGACCCUGACGACUUUGAUCUUGGGCGCCAACUCGGUCGGGGACAACGGAGCUCAGGCACUGGCUGAGGCACUCAAGAACAACUCGACUUUGACCAAUUUGGACUUGGGCCUCAACUCGAUCAGAGAAAACGGAGUUCAGGCAAUGUCUGAGGCACUCAAGGCCAACUCUACUCUGACAACUUUGAACUUGAUCCUCAAUCCAAUCGGAGAUGACGGAGCUCAGGCGUUGGCUGAUGCACUCAAGAUCAACUCGACUCUGACGACUUUGAACUUGAACGAAAACUCGAUCGGAGACAACGGAGUUCAGAAGCUGGCUGAGGCACUCAAGAGCAACUCGACUCUGACCACGUUAGACUUGUACUGCAACUCGAUCGGACACAACGGAGCUCAGGCGUUGGCUGAAACACUCAAAACCAACUCAACUGUGCUGAUUUUGGGCUUUGUAAACUGA